AUGAAAAAUCUAAUCAUCUUUUUCAUUCUUCUUAGUAGAUGCAUCGGACAGAUAGUAGACGAAAAAGAAACUCUCGUUCUCACGAACGAACUGAACAACAAAAUCCUCGCAAUACAUUGUAAAUCCAAGGACGACGACCUUGGUGACCAUUAUUUGGCCGUCGGCCAAAGCCAAGAAUAUAAAUUCAGGGAUAAUCUUUGGCACACGACGCUCUUCUGGUGUCAUAUGGGGCAAGGACCUGAUUAUAAGAUUCAACAAGUGUUUGAGGCAUACAGAUCUACGUGGACUAAGUAUGUGGGAUACACCUAUUGGAUAGGAAGAGAGGAUGGAAUCUACUUUAGACAAGACCCCCAUGGUUUACCUUUGGUGAAAAGAUAUGAUUGGAAUCUUACGGCCUAUUAA